AUGUCGAAUUUAGUUGAAAAUGAUAUUAAUUGUGGUGUUUAUCGUUCAACUGAUUCAAUAAAUAAUUUUAAAAUUCGAGUUAAAUUAGAACGUUUAACAUCAAAUGCAUUAUUACCUAGUUUACAACGAAUAAAAAUUGAAGAAGAUUUAUCACGUUUACUUAAUAUAGAUGAUAAACAAUCUGAAAAAGCUAAAGCUUCAAAAACAGAUGUAGCUCAAGCAUUAGAAGAAUCCAAACGAUCUGAUUAUGAAGAAGUUGUUAUUGGUUGGCAACAGAAAAUAUUUAGUCGUUUUGAAUUUGAAAGAUAUGGAAAAGGUAUUGGGCCUGAAAGUACAGCACUUGAAAGAAAAUACUUUGAUGAUAUACAAAAAAUGAAAGCAAAUCGAAAACAACCUGGACGUAUAUUUACUUAUAUUGAGGGUGAUCCAUAUUGUUUUGAAAAAGAUUUUGGUUAUUUUAUGACGGAUUCACCAAAUGAAGAACCAAGUCAAGUAGCAUUAGGAAUUAAUAAUAUUCGAAAACGUCGUCCUGUUCAAUCACGUUUUAAAAUAAGUGAUGAAGAAUAUUUACCAAAAACAAAUCUUAUUAAUCGAAAACCAACACCUGAUGAUCUUCGUAUAAAUCAUUUAGCCGCUUUACCACAUCAAACAAUGUAUGUAAUGGCUGAUUUAAGUGCUAUUAUUGAUACUGCUACAACACAACUUCUUGUUGUACCUCAACCAACAAAUGAACAUGUUUUAUGUACCAUACAGAGUUAUUCAAAUGGUACAGUUAUAUUAGAACCUGAUUUUAAUCAUGGUAAAAUGGCAUAUGUUGUUGAAACAGGAAAUCUUAGUAAUGAAGUAUAUCAUUAUUAUUUGGAUCAUGCUUCAAUAACAAUAAAUAAGGAUGAUUUUAUAAAAGAACGAAAAUUAUUAAAUGAAGUUCGUUUAAGAAAACAAACACAUUUAGCACAAUUAGUUGGAAAUGAUUUUGAAAUGCCAUUACCUGCUGCUCUAAGAUUAAAUAUAUUUGGUGAAAUUGUUAGUGGAAAAAAUUUUGAAUAUGAUGAUCUUUAUGUUUAUUAUUGUUUAGAUUUACCAGAAAAUUGGCGUGCUGAAGCUUCAAUGAUUUUUUCAGGUUAUACUCAUACAGCAAGUGCAACAGAGUCAAAUAAACAUAAUUGA